AUGUCACUCUUGCUUGGUCUCUACAUUGUUGUUUCCUUCACAACUGCAAAGAAGACGGACUGUUCCCCUUUCUCAACAUUCUGCUUUCUAAGUUUCCCGCAUGAUCUGUUGGAGGACGUCAACGGCAUCCGCAAACUCGCCUCAACGCCCGUCGCGGCGUCACCUCUCGGCAAAUCCGCUCCCGGCGUCGCCUUGCCGCAAAUACGCACGCGACGUCGUAUCGCCGCUAAUACGCACGCGGCGUCGCCUCACCUCAAAUACGCACGCGGCGUCGCCUCGCCGCAAAUACGCACGCGGCGUCGCCUCGCCGCAAAUACGCACGCGGCGUCCCCUCGCCGCAAAUACGCAGCGGCGUCGCCUCGUCGCAAAUCCGCUCGCAGCGUUGACUCGUCGCAACACGAUGCCUCCUCACGCCACCGCGAUCACGCUGGCCGCGCCACACGCUGCGGCCCUCGUGCUCCUCCCAAUAAACCCUUUUCGCUGCCCCCCUUUACCGCCUCCCGAUCUCCCUUUACCGCCUCCCGAUCUCCCUUCCCGUCGCCCCAUUUCCGUUCUCGCCGCCCGAAUUCCCCUUCCCACCGCCCAAUUCCCCUUUUUCUCCGCCCAAAGAACCCAUUCCUGCCGCCCAUUCUCCCCUUCCCGCCUCUCAUUCAACUCCUCCCGCCUCCCUUUCCCCCAUUCCCGCAUCCCGCUCCCCCCUUCCCGCCUCCCAUUCUCCCCUUCUUGCCUCCCAUUCUCCCCUUCUUGCCUCCCAUUCUCCCCUUCCUGCCUCCCUUCUUUCCCUUAUCUCCCAUCCCUCCCUUCCCUCCCUUCCCUCCCUUCUCUCCCUUCCCUCCCUUCUCCCCCGUCCCUCCCUUCUCCCCCGUCCCUCCCUUCUCUCCCUUCCCUCCCUUUUCUCCCUUCCCUCCUUUCUCUCCCUUCCCUCCCUUCUCUCUCUUCCCUCCCUUUUCUCCCUUCCCGCCCUUCUCUCCCUUCCCUCCCUCUCUCCCCCGUCCCUCCCUUCUCCCCCGUCCCUCCCUUCUCUCCCUUCCCUCCCUUUUCUCCCUUCCCUCCUUUCUCUCCCUUCCCUCCCUUCUCUCCCUUCCCUCCCUUCUCUCCCUUCCCUCCCUUCUCUCCCUUCCCUCCCUUCUCCCCCGUCCCUCCCUUCUACCCCGUCCCUCCCUUCUCUCCCUUCCCUCCCUUUUCUCCCUUCCCUCCUUUCUCUCCCUUCCCUCCCUUCUCUCUCUUCCCUCCCUUUUCUCCCUUUCCUCCCUUCUCUCCCUUCACUCACUUCUCUCCCUUCACUCACUUCUCUCCCUUCCCUCCCUUCUCUCCCUUCCCUCCCUUCUCUCCCUUCCCUCCCUUUUCUCCCUCCUUUCUUCUCUUCCGCGCCGUGCAUUCCCAUUGUCCCCUGCCUGCCUCACAAUCUAUCCUUCCAGCCUCGCCCUUGUCGUCCUGCCUGUCAUUCCAUCUCCCCUCCCUGCAUACCCCUCUCUUCCUGUCCUCCCUUCUCUGCGCCUCUCCCCCUCACUGUGCCCCCUGCUAUACUAUUCCCUCUUGUUACCUUUCCUGCCACCCCUCCGAAGCUGA